CGAACAGCCAUACGAUACACCCAUCCAUCUUGACUACCCGCACGAUCUACGACCAUGGAGAGAAUCAAGGAGCGCCUCCAAUCCCUCCGCCAGGAAGCGGAUGCCGCAGUCGCCCGCGCCGAGGAGGCAGAGGCCAAGAACAAGAAGUAUGAGCAGGACGUUCUGGAGAAGGAGCAGGAGAUCUUGUCUCUGCAACACAAGUUGUCCGUGAUGGAUGGCGAUCUCGAGAAGGCGGAGACGAAGCUCGCUGAUGCGAAGGCUGCUCAGGCAGAGGGCGACCAGAGCAAGACGAUCAGCGAGGGUCUGCAGAGGAAGAUCCAGUUGCUCGAGGAGGAGCUCGACGCGGCGGACAAGAAUCUCAAGGAUGCCAUGGAGAAGCUGCGGCAGGUGGACGUCAAGGCAGAGCACUUCGAGCGUCAGGUCCAGCGACUGGAGCAAGAGCGCGACCAGUGGGAGAAGAAGUACGAGGAAGCCCAAUCAAAGUACCGCGAGUCGAAAGCCGAGUUGGACGAACUCGUCGCCAACAUGGAAGGGCUUUGAUCGAUUUACUGCUGCUCUGUGUUGUCUGUCUCGCAUUCUCACUGCCGAACUACGUCCCGGCUUCUCGCUCCUACUCAUGUCGCUUUCCAUGGCCGCGAUGCCUUACGAUCUGAUACACUCACCUACCUUACACUCUGGGUCUCUUCGCCGACGUCCUCGUAUUAUAUGCAUGAAUCCAAAUCAAAGCCAGUCGAAAUCGGGUA